AUGUCUCAGCAACAGCAGAACAGCGGCGGACUCCUCGGUGGUCUCGGCGACACCCUCGGCAAGACGGUCGGCGGCGUAACCAACACCGUGGGCGAUACAGUCGGCGGGCUGGGCAACACCGUCGGGGGCGCGACCUCGGGUCUGGGUAACACCGUUUCGGGGGCAACCGAAGGCCUAGGAAAUACGACGAAGAGUGCUGGCCAGGGCGUUUCCAACGGCUUCCAGAGCACUGGUGGGCAGAAGCAGACUGCGGAAAACCCACUCGGCUUGAACCGGUAG